CGGCCCUGGGAGACCCUGGAGGGGAUGCAUCCCUAAAGAACCUUGUGGGGGGGAUGGUCCUACGUGACCCACACCCGAUGAUGGCACGUUACCCGUCUGCUGCGGUCGUACUGGUGGCGGCCCCAAGGGGCGGGGCACGUUGCCCGACUGCUGCGGUCGUGCUGGUGGCGGUCCCAAGGGACGGGGCUGCUGUGAGGUGGGUGGAUGACCCGUCGGGACCUGGGGACCAGGCGGCUAUGGCGGGUGGUGAGAACGACAGUGGCAGAGGGCUGAAGCACCUCUUGCGGCUUUUGGCAGAAGCCGGUGACUGGGUUUACGCCGCGUUCUGGAAACUAGCGGACAACGGAAGGACUUUAUCAUGGAGCAGUGGGUAUUACAAUGGUCCCCAGAUGAUGGGGAAGGAUGGAAAUGCAGGGGGCGCUGUUUUGGAGACUCUAAAGGAGGCGUUCGAAUCGAGAAGGCAAGCUCUAGAUCAGUUAACAGAGAUGACACUGACAAAGAAAAAGCCUGGGACAGAGGCAGCGUCCAUGUUGACCGCUGGUCUCAUGGAGACAGAAUGGUUCUAUGUUAACAACACUGGGAUGCAGUUCCCACUUGGGUCAGGGGUUGUUGGGAGGUGUGCACUGAGUGGAAAGUAUGCAUGGCUCUGUGAGGCAGACAAAAUGGAUAGCGCCACCUUCACAAGAGCUGCUGACGCAAAGGAAGCCAAGGAAGCAAAGGAGGUGGAGAGGGAGGAAGAGGAGGCAGAGGACGGAGGGAAGAGCGGACCAGAGCAAGUUGGGAGGGCGACAAGUAGAGGAGGAGCGGGAGGAGGAAGAGUGGGAGGAGCAGGAGCAGGAGCGGGAGGAGGAGCGGGAGCGGGGGGAGCGGAAACGGCAGCAGGCGGAUGGGUAAGAGAAGCGGGAGCGAGAGGAGCCAGAACGGCAGGAUGGCAGGCAAGAGGGGAGGGAGCUGGAGGAGGAGGAAAACGGCGAGGAACCAUACUCUGUGUCCCUGUGCAAGGUGGAGUGGUUGAGCUGGGAACAACAAAACUGGCUCAGGAAGAAACUCUCCUUGUGAAAAUGGUUCAGACAAUGUUCAGCACACACAGUCGGCCAUCCAAGGAGUACCGAGGUCCUUUUGGGGGUUUCAUUCGGUCCAACCCUCUUGGCGGUCUCUGUCACAACCCUUCGGCUGCAUUGUGUCAUGCUUCAGGUGCAACAUUUGGUCAUUCCAUCAAUGGUUUGAGGGCAGGAACAGGCUGCAUCGACUACAGCCAAAUCCGGCCUGGUCUUCCCAGAAGCACAGGGACUGAGCAGCGCGAUUAUUUUGCAUCUACAUCUUUUUCGCCAAAGGUUGAUCGAGCAUGGGCGCUAGGUAGCGGGCUAUCUGGUAAUUGUGUUACACCGACGGCAUCAGGAAGCUCCCUGCCCAUGUCUGCUGCGGCUAGGCUACUGUAUAAUCCUCCGACUGCUGGCUUAAUGCUUAUGCCUUCUGACAUGCCUGCAGCAGAGUCGUCGGUGGGGACAACAGGAAUGAAGGGAAAAUCGUCUCCAACAGUGAACCUUUGCCAUCGUCAAUUGAACAACGGCGUUGGGAUCAACCCGGCAGGGCAGCCUCUUCAAGGCAUCAAUUCCUUGUUACGGGGGUUGGAUCCAACAGGUACCUCAUUUGCACACCGGGAUAAUCCAAAAGAUGCCAGGCUGCUUCUUCCAGCCGACCAAAUCGUUGCCGCCCAUCAGGCGCGGACUGCGAAUGCCCAGGUCUUGUUUAAUCGGAAUAUCCUUAAAGGUAACACAUCGCUGUGCAUCCCCUCGCUACAAGGGUUAAGUACACCGAUAAAUCCUAGCAGUUGCAGUAAUUAUGCAGUCAGCUUGCAGGCAGAAAUAAGAAGGCAGCAACAGCAGCAGCAGCAGCACCAGCAACAGGGUCAGGAACAACGUCAUCAGACCCAGCAGUUUGGUGGACCAGUUUUCGUUCCGAUGCCCAAUAGUCAGCAACAGGCCAGGAGUGCUCAAGAUCAAGAGAAACACUCGCCUGUAGACAUCAGUCAUGUUAGGCAUAAUGGGGCUGACCUGGCCAAUCCAAGCAGCAAGGGACUAACCCAUCUUUAUUCAUUGCCUGGCAACAAUGGGGCAAAGCUGUCGUCAAUGCGGCCAUCAGUCACAUCCCAAUCCUAUUUGCAGACACCACCAGGGUCAACAGCUGCCUCUUUUUGUGACAUGCUCUCCCAAGACCAGCUGUCCCAGAGCAGACAUAGUCAGGCUGUGCUGGAUAAUCGCAUGCUUAAUCAGAUGCAUGCGUUACGUCCACUAGAUGCUGCAGUUCCAAGUCAGGGUCCAGUACAUUGGCCUGGCUUAGGCAGAGGUGAUGGGACGUUGCUUGACGUGGUCUUGCACAGGAGCAGUGGGACAUCCCAAAGAAUACCGGAGACACCCUUGGACGAUCCUUACUUCCUGAGUGGCGUGCACUCCUCUGCAGCAUGCCCAACUGGUGCACUUGCUCCUGAUACCAACCGCGCCACCAGGGCUAAAUCUGACUUGCAGCAGCGGCAAACGUCUGUUGAAGAUGUCUUGAGCCCCGUCCAAAAUAAUCCUCAGGAGUUGGAUGAGGUCUUCAGGCACCAGCAGCAACCUGAGGGAAACAGCCCCGUGAACUCACCGGCCAGUAGAGGUGGAGCUGCUGCUUGCAAUCAGGGCAGCAGCGGCCUCCUCUUGAACUCUGGGAAAGAGUCUGUGAUUGACCAACAGUUGGCCGAAGAUAAUAUAGAACAGCAUUUGAAGGAGCUCAGUCUUCCAUGUGUAGGAGAAACAGGUCAAGCAGACACCCCCCCAGAGAGACGUCCAGGCAAAGAUGUUGAAGAUGAUCUAGUCAAAUUAGUGCGACAGCACUCCAAGCGGAUAGUCCAGAGUCCUGAGAUUUCUGGCACGUCGGCCUCAUGUCAGGGUGAACCUGUGUCGCGGGAGAGGAAUGGGUCGAUUUCACGACAAGGCAGCUUUGGGAGUUUGGGAAGCCUGACAAGCAAGCGCCAGCAUGAGGCAACCCUUACAGAGAAAGAUACCACCAGGAUAAGAGAAGGGUGUUCCCAACAGGAGGAGAGAUUCUCAUCAAUGAUGCUUCCGUCAUCACCAGUCCACGAUGCGUGUUUGAAUCAUGAAUGUGAUCAGGGAUACAGAGGAAACAGAGGACCAGUGGAAAGUGAUGACCCAGAAGCUAAUCGAUCUCAACUGGGGUGCAGUCCGCAAUCUCUGCUCACUGGUGCAGGCUCCAAUCACAGGAGUGAGGCCCGUGGCCAAGUCCAGAUGAGAGAGACCGAGGUACAAAGGACAUCGUUUGGCAAUUCAUCGUUCGUUGUGGCCCGAGUUGGGCUGGAUUUCGCUGCAGAAAACCCCUUGGUUGGCCAAAUGACAGAUUGGCGGUUAGAGAGCAAGCUGGGACCCACAGAACAGCAGGUUUCAUCAUCGAAGGAACAGUCAGAAUCUAGCGAUGCCUUGUUUGACACCGAUGGGGACGAAAGUAGCAGCAGCAGUAGCAGCAGACACAGUCAAAGUGAGGGGAUGUCUGAUCUCACCGGCCUCUUUCCGAACUCAGAUAAGGCAGAGAUGGCUGAAUUUUUUGACCAGUCGAUGAGCGAUAUCGGUCACCUGCAGAAGGAGAUUGGAGGUGGCGAAUUAAGCAUAGAGAGAGGAACACCUGUCAGUCUCUCAUGUAGCCGGGAGAGUGAAGGUUCUUCCGAUGUGGGUUUACUAGGAGGAUUAGAAGGUUCGAGGGGAAGAAUGCAGCAUGUGCGCGAAGAUAAGUGGUGCCCUGCGGACGUGUCCACUCUGGCGACUGACUCCACGUCAGCAUCGAGCAUGUACUCACUCGAGUAUGAGAUGCGGGUGUCGGAGUUGAGGAAGCUAAUGUUAAGUGAAACAGAUAGGGGAAUGGCGGCAGAUGCCAAGGCGGCAUCAGACAAGGUCGGCGCAGAUAAAGUAGAUGACGAUCUUGCGUGCAACAAGUCCGUGGCGACCAAGACUGACUGUGGUGAAAGAAUGAAUGGCAAACAGAGUGCCGAGGAACAUCACGAACCUUCCGGAUUGUCAGAUGUUGAAGUAGAGUUUCAUGUGGCUGGCGAUGACCGGAUCAACUUCAGAUUGUCUUGCCGGAAGCAGUGCGGUCUUUAUGGAAAAGUCAUGCUGGCUCUGGAUUAUUUGCGAGUAAAAAUCGUGGAAGCUACGAUGACUACAGAGAAUAGUAUGGUGGUCUUUGAACUCUCAAUUCUGUAUGGGGGAUCGCCGGUCCAGGAUAUAUUGAAUGCUCUCAGAGGAGCUGCCCAAGAGGAAUGGCCUCUACUGAAACCUCCCAGAUCUCCCCAAGUCCGUUCUCAGGSAGCUGAGUGAGACAUGCCUCAGAUAUCUGAAGCAGGAGCUUGCUCCUCUUGUGGAAUCCAUCUUUCUAUGUAGAGCUGCAAACGUUUUGUACUUUUACAAUCAUAUAUUCGUGAUUGUGUUCGACGCGCUGGUCAGUUGAUGACCCUUGAGCGCGCACUCUCAUAUUAGGUGAGGAGAAUGCGAAGCAAGCUAUCUCUUUGGUAGGUAGUCACGACUCCUUGAAGAAAAGGUGACAACGACAGCUGGAGUUGGUGCUGUAAACAGAGGGACGAUAACGGAGGAGUGUCUUUGAAAGGUGAGGCAGGCCCACAUGUACCCUUGCAGUUCAAGAAGGAAGCAAGUGGAGCUGUGACUGUAGAGUUAAGAGAGUGAAAGAGGGCCAGUGCAUAGCCCUUCAGCUGGCCGCAUACACUUCUCUCCCCUCGCUUCCUUGUUUGCUUGUUUCUAUAUUCCAGGUUCAGCUUAGCCCGUGAUGAUGUGCAGUGCGGCUGCAUUCGCCAACAUGGAGGGGCUUUCCAUGCGCUCGUCUUUUUGUUCACCCUAUGUUUUUGACCAUAGCAUAUUCAUUGAUCCUGAGGAAUCGCCACUUCCAGAUCAUUUGAGCAUCUGGCUUGGUUUUCAAACUCUUGUCAGUGACCUCCCUCUCUCUCUCUCUCUCUCUCUCACACACACACACACACACACACACUCUCUCUCUCUCUCUCUCUCACACACACACACACACACUCUCUCUCUCUCUCUCUCUCUCUCUCUCUCUCNCUCUCUCUCUCUCUCUCUCUCACACACACACACACUCUCUCUCUCUCUCUCUCUCUCUCUCUCUCACACACACACACACACACACACACACACACACACACACACACACACACACGUGUUGUUUGUGCGUGUGUGUGCAUGUAUGUCAAAAGGGAGCGUAAUAGAAGGCAAACAAAAAUCAUCUGCAUGCUUCCAUGUAUGUCAGAGCUAGAGAGGGCAAAUGGAUAAUAGGAGUGAAUGAAUGACUUUGGCCGGGAGCAAGAGAAGUGAGUGCGAAAAUUGGGUGUGUCAAGUCGGUGGAAUGAGUGAUCAUGGACUUUGAGCGAGAGAAAGUAAUGAAGUGUGCAAGCAAGU